AACAAAUGGCAAACAUUGAGAAGCUUAAAUUUCCGGCUCUCAAAAUUACUGGCGCAAACUACAUAGCAUGGACCACUGAUGUGGAACUAUAUUUUGAGUCGCAAGAAUUAUCCGAGACCUUAAAAUCGGAAAAUUUAUCGCCUCCAAAAGAUAAGGCAAAGGCGAUAAUAUUUUUGAGAAAGCAUCUCGAUGAAAAUGUGACACAUGACUAUGCUCACAUAAAAGACCCAGCAGAGCUGUGGCAAGCUUUAAAAGCACGGUUUGACAACCAGAGAGAAAUAACUCUCCCUCAUGCGUUAGAGGACUGGAAAAACUUGAGGUUCCAGGACUUUGAGAAAGUGGAGGAAUAUAAUUCCGCUAUGCUGAGGAUAGUAUCACAAUUAAAGUAUUGUGGUAGGCCUAUUACUGAAACUGAAAUGCUCGAGAAGACUUACCUUACUUUUCAUAAAGAACACCGUGUCCUGCAAGAGAUGUAUAGAAAUUGCGGAUACAAAAGGUUCUCUGAGUUAAUUGUGACUCUCAUACUGGCGGAGAAGAAUAAUGAACUUCUUCUUAAGAACCACAACUCUCGGCCUACGGGGGCCAAAGCAUUUCCUGAGGUCAAUGCAACGGAUGUAAAAAAUCCGGAGAGAGGAAGUCAAACCUAUCGAGGUCGUGGCCGUCGAUUCAAUCGUGGACGUGGAAGAUCCUUUAACCCACAAAGCAGAAAGUCUUAUACAUGGGUUCGACCUGAUCAAAGUUCAAAAGGAAAAGAAUCCCAAGGACGUAACGCUCAAAAGCGUGAAAGCAUCUGUUACAGAUGUGGAUCAAAAGGGCAUUGGGCUCAUGUAUGUCGAACCCCUGAACAUCUUUGUAAGUUGUACAAAGAGUCCCAAAAGGGAAAAGGGAAGGAAGUAAAUCUUACUGAGCACUUUGAGGGUACAUCGUACCUCGAAGCUUCCGACUUUAUAAACGAUGUCGACGAGACCGCUCAUGCGGAUAACUGAAAUGCUUGUAGUGAGACUACUAGUCUCCAGUAAUGCUAUUGUAUAAUUAUUAUGUAUUUCAGUUGUUCUAAAAUAAUGUUGUUUCUGAAAAAUGAACUGAUGUAUAAUUAUUAUAUGUUUUCAACAUCAAUAAUAUUUACUUAUAUUUAUUAAUGUUUAUGUUAAUUACA